GCAUCAACACUUAUACACGCCUAAACAUAACACAAUUCCUACUCCCGUGUGCCCCCUUGUGGCACGUUAAGUCACUGCAGUGGGCGGGUAGCUUAAAGAGAAAAUGAAAGUGUUUAGUGGCGACACAAAGCUGGACUGAUGAAGCUAAAAUGAUCGAGGUUUACUAAGGGGAGAGAAGCAGGACGUUUGAAGCUACUAUACAUUUUGGCAGCGGACACCUUUACAGGCAUCCAAAAAAAGGCGUCGCUCCUCAUGUUCAGGAUUUGACAGUCUGUUCUUCAUUACCAGCCGUUAGCCUGCCGUGCGGGUUGGCAUUGUGUUCAGUUAAGGACAUUUCAUUCAUAAUGGUCUUGGUGAGGCUGUUAGUGCUGUCUCUUCUCCAUGUGUAUGUGGUUGGACUGCAGCCCACUCAAAUUUCACAGCAGGCAUCAAGCCCUCUUCAUUCUCAUGGAGAACAAUCUCCUUUAGGGACAGACAAUCUGUCCUUCCCGUGGAGCCGCCUUCGCCUGCCAAGGUACAUAAUUCCACUUCACUACCAUAUCUUGGUGCACCCCAACCUCACUAGUCUCCGUUUCACUGGCUCAGUCACCAUCCAAAUUGACGUCCAGAACAACACAAAUUGGGUUGUGUUGCACAGCAAGGAUCUGAAUAUCUCCAAGGCAACCAUACUGGAUCAGAACCUUGCUCAUCUGUCUGAGCAGGUCCUACCGUGUCUUCACAACCCUGCCCAUGAGCAGAUCGGCAUUUUUUCUCCCAGGGUGCUCAGCAGCGGUCAGAAAUACUUCCUAUAUAUUGAGUUUGGGGCAGAGUUGGUAGAAGGAUUCGAUGGUUUCUAUAAAAGCAUCUAUAGAACCCGUUCAGGAGAAAUGAGAACCUUAGCCUCCACUCACUUUGAGCCUACGAGCGCCCGGACGGCGUUCCCUUGCUUUGACGAGCCAAACUUCAAAGCCAACUUCUCGGUGCGGAUCAGGAGGACAUCUGAGUACAUUUCUUUGUCCAACAUGCCAAUCGUCAAGACAGUUAAAUUCGAUGAUGGCUUGCUGGAGGACCAGUAUGCUGCCAGUGUAAAGAUGAGCACGUACCUCGUAGCGUUUGUUGUCUGUGAUUUUAAAUCCGUUACUGCAAUAACAUCUUCUGGGGUGCAGGUGUCCAUCUAUGCUGAUCCCGAGAAAUGGUCCCAAACACACUAUGCCCUGGAAGUUGCUGUGAAAAUGCUUGACUUUUACGAGGAGUAUUUCAACAUAAAUUAUCCCCUACCCAAGCAUGAUCUGAUCGCCAUCCCAGACUUCCAGGCCGGUGCGAUGGAAAACUGGGGCUUGACCACCUACAGAGAGAUCAGCCUGCUCUAUGAUCCUCAUGUAUCAUCUGUUUCUGACAAACUGUGGGUUACCAUGGUGAUUGGGCAUGAGCUCGCCCAUCAGUGGUUUGGUAACUUGGUGACCAUGAAUUGGUGGAAUGAUAUCUGGCUGAAUGAAGGCUUUGCCAGAUACAUGGAGUACAUUGCAGUUGAGGCUACUUACCCUGAACUUCAAGUGGAGGAAUAUCUACUGCACACAUGUUUUGCAGCGUUUGGUUACGAUUCGUUGAACUCUUCUCGGCCCAUAUCCAGUCCAGCAGAGAGCCCUACUCACAUUAAUGAGAUGUUUGACACAGUCUCCUAUGACAAAGGAGCAUGCAUCCUGCACAUGCUGCGCCACUUUCUAUCAGAAGAUGUGUUCCAAAGUGGGAUUGUGCGAUACCUCCGCAAAUACAGCUACGGAAAUGCACAAAACCAAAAUCUAUGGGACAGUCUGACCAACACAUGUUCCGAACAGGAUUUUGUCUCAGGGCAGCAUUGUUACAGUCGAGAGCAAGCCCAUAAAAACUCAUACCUAUUGGCAGGAGAACACUUGGACCUGACAGCCAUGAUGAACACUUGGACUCUGCAGAAAGGUGUUCCAUUGGUUAUCAUAAAAAGGGUAGGACCGCGUUUGUUGCUCAAACAGGUCCGGUUCCUGAGAACAACUCUACCUUCUGACCCCAACUGGUCCACAUUGCAAGAAGGUUACUUGUGGCAUAUCCCUCUGACAUACAAGACUGACACUUCCAGCACCAUCCAUAAACACUUGAUGACAAAACAUACAGACAGUUUCUACGUAGGAGAGGAGGUCAGCUGGGUGAAGGUCAAUGCGGACAUGACUGGCUAUUAUGUGGUUCAUUAUGAGGAUGGUGGAUGGGAGGCGCUAACAAAGCUGCUGAGGGAAAACCACACUGCCCUGAGCUACAAAGACAGGACUCAUUUGAUACACAAUGCAUUCCAACUGGUCACGGCAGGUUAUCUACCGCUCAAUAAGGCCUUGGAUUUAAUCGGGUAUCUACAAAUGGAAACACACUCAGUACCUCUACUGCAAGGACUAGGCUAUCUGGAAGUAUAUUACCGUAUGAGUGAGAAACGGAGGGAUGCAGAACUGGUGCGCAAGUUUAAGAUGCACAUUCUCCAGUUUUUCCGUGAUGUCAUUGACCAGCAGAUAUGGAGCGAUGAGGGCUCUGUGUCAACACGGCGGUUGAGGUCAGAGGUGCUCUCCUUGGCGUGCCAUCUGGAUGACCCUCCCUGUGUGGAAGGGGCACGCUGGCGUUUUAAAGACUGGCUUCAGUCUAACGGAUCUAUCAAACUUCCCACUGAUGUGGCUGGCACAGUGUAUGCAAUUGGUGCCCAGGAUGAGUACGGAUGGGCGUCACUCUUGCACCUGUACAACACCUCCUUCUCGGCAGCACAGAAAAACCAAAUUAUGUUUGCUUUGACUUCCAGCCGAGACACAAACAAAUUAUACAGAUUAUUGGACCUGGGUCUGGAAGGUCAGGUGAUACGACUGCAGGACCUGUCCACACUCAUCUUGUUGGUGGCAAGAAAUCCAAAGGGACACCACAUUGCAUGGGAAUUUGUCAAAAAAAACUGGAGCAAACUGGUUGAAAAAUUGCAGUUGGGCUCAUCUUCUAUUAGAAACAUCCUGGUCCACACCACAGGCCAGUUUACAUACCCAGAGGAAUACACUGAGGUUAAGUUGUUCUUUGAGUCCAUCAAAGAACAGGCAUCUCAACUGAGAGCUCCUCAAAUUGCACUGGAAAACAUGCAGAAAAAUAUUCGCUGGAUGCAGAGGAACUUGGAGACCUUAAAAAAAUGGCUUACAGAGAAAAGUGACAUGCGGACUGGUGGCGGCUGAUUCUUUAUUUGACAAUGUGUGUUGUGUGUGUAAAAAUUACUUUUUCAAAUUAUAUGUGAUUUUGUGUGUAUGUCUGUGUUGGAGGAACUGACAUACAUCUUGUCAAAAUAAUGUCUUAGACAAUAAAAGGCUUCAUUGGUU